AUGGGAAAUGAUCCACGAAAGACCUGGACCUCCAUCGUCCCUCGCUGGCGUGGAGAUAGAUGGAACCGCUUGACACGGCAGACUAUUGACGAAUCGAACAGGUCCUGGUUCGUCGGCCCCGCUGGAAAUCGAAUUGUCGAGAAUGCCAUUCGCCACCCCAGCCAUUCUUUACGCGCAGUUUCCGUGUUCUGGUCCCUUGGUGUCUUCCUUAACGGAUGA